AGUCAGGAUUCACAGGCAUUAUGUUACAAUUCUGGCUUGUUGCCUUCUCUGUUUUCUUUUCCUGUGCCUGAGUAGCUGCAUUGUUCCUUGCAGUAUAUGCAUUAGCUGUUGUCUGCGUGUGUUUCCUGCAGGCUGACAAAGUGGGAGGGGCUUUGUUUGAUACAUAGCUGAGUUUCACUGUGCGUUCUUGAGUGCACAUUGCGGCCAUUUUAAUUACACUUUAGUGCAACUGAGACAGUGGAGCUGUCUCAAAAUGGCUGCUGACCUAGUCUUUGUAGCUGCUUAGGCAGCAAGUAUGCCAGUGAGGAGACUUCUAACGUGCAUCAGGACCAAAGAUUCAAAAUGGAUGGUAUAGAAGAACCUCAGAAAAAAGUCUUCAAGGCUCGAAAAACAAUGAGAGCGAGUGAUCGUCAUCAGCUUGAAGCAGUGUACAAGGUCAAAGAAGAGCUAUUGAAAACUGACGUCAAGCUGUUAAAUGGUAACCAUGAAAAUGGAGACUUAGACCCAACUUCACCUUUGGAUAAUAUGGAUUAUAUUAAAGACAAGGAAGAGGUGAAUGGCAUUGAAGAGUUUUGUUUUGACCCUGAAGAAAAUAAAACAGAAUGGAAAGAAACAACUUGUAUCCUAAAUGUUAAUGUAAAAAACAAGCAGGAAGAUGAUUUAAAUUGUGAACCUUUGUCUCCUAAUCUUAUAACUUCUGAACCAGCCUCCAAACUGACCUCUGAACCAGGUUCUGGUGAUACGGCCUCUGGUAACCCAGUCUCUGGAAGUCUGGCCUCUGGAGAUUUAGCUUCUGGAUAUCUGGCCUCUGGAGUACUAGCCUCCUGUGAUCCCAUCUCAGGUCAUCCAAGCUCAGGUGAUUCCACUUCUGGUGAUACCAUCUCUGGUGAUGAGCCCAUCUCUGGUGAACCCACCUCCAGUGAACCUGCCUGUGGUGAACCCGCAUCCAUUGAACCAGCCUCCAGUGAAUCAGCUUCUGGUAAACUUAGCUCUAGUGAACCUGCCUUGAGUGAACUCUCCUCCAGUGAAUCAGCCUCUGGUGAACUAGGCUCUGGUGAACCAGCCUCUGGUGAUCCAGCUUCUGGAGCACUGGCCUCUGAUGAUCCAGCGUCUGGUGAACUGGCCUCUGGUGAAUGCAGUUCUGAACUAGCCAUUGACCAUACCUUUGUACCAGUUUGUGAACAAGUUCCUGAAACUGACAAUACAGAGCCUAAUAGCAAUAAAGAUGAUGAUUUUUUUGAAAAAAAUAGGGACCAUGAACAGUUAGACCAGAUUCCAAGUAAGGACUCAUUUGAAGAGAAAAAUAAAAAUGACAGUAAUAUUGAUAUUAAUGAAGAAACUCUAGAAACUGAUGAUACAAUUAUUUGUUCAGAUCUAUCUCCUGAAAAUGGAAAGAAGGUAGAUGAAGAUACUUUGGCUCUUGGAGAAGAGGCUAUAUCUAGCAGUAUGGAAAUUGACCAAGGUGAAAAGAAUGAAGGUGAAAAAUCUGCAGAACUUGCAGAAACUGUUAAUGAAAAUGUUUUAAAAGAUGACAAAAAUGAGAAUAUCUUAGAAAACACAGAUUCUAUGGAGACAGAUGAAAUCAUUCCUAUUUUGGAAAAGCUUGCACCAGCUGAAGAUGAACUUACUUGCUUUUCUAAAACUUCUCUCCUUCCAAUUGAUGAGACAAAUCCUGAUUUGGAAGAGAAAAUGGAAGGCUCAUUUGGUUCACCAUCUAAACAAGAAAGUAGUGAGAGUUUGCCAAAAGAGGCCUUUUUAGUCCUCUCUGAUGAAGAGGAUGUUUCUGGUGAAAAAGAUGAGUCUGAAGUUAUAUCACAAAAUGAGACGUGCUCUGCAGCAGAAGUAGAAAGUAAUGAAAAGGAUAACAAACCUGAGGAAGAAGAGCAAGUAAUACGUGAAGAAGAACAGAGACCUUCUGAGAAAAAUGAAUUUUGCAGAAGAAAACGUUCUAAGUCAGAGGACAUGGACAACAUACAGUCCAAACGCCGUCGAUAUAUGGAAGAAGAAUAUGAGGCAGAAUUUCAAGUAAAGAUUACAGCCAAAGGAGAUAUUAACCAAAAGCUACAAAAGGUUGUACAGUGGUUGCUGGAAGAAAAAUUGUGUGCACUACAGUGUGCUGUAUUUGACAAGACUUUGGCAGACUUAAAAACACGAGUGGAGAAGAUUGAAUGUAACAAGAGGCAUAAAACAGUUCUUACAGAACUACAGGCCAAGAUAGCGAGGUUAACCAAACGCUUUGGAGCAGCCAAAGAAGAUCUUAAAAAAAGACAAGAAAAUCCACCAAAUCCACCUGUAUCACCUGGAAAGUCUGCAAAUGAUGUCAACAGUAAUAAUAAUGUGCCCUACAGAAAUGCAGGCACAGUGAGACAGAUGCUGGAGUCCAAAAGAAAUGUAAGCGACAGUGCCCCACCAUCCUUUCAAAUUCCUGUGAAUACAGUAUCUUCAACCAAUCUUGUCACUCCUCCAACAGUUGUCAAUAGUCAACCUAAAUUGCAGACUCCAGCGACUUCGGGUUCUCUGACAGCAGCAUCAGUUCUUCCUGCACCCAACACAGCUACAGUAGUUGCUACUACUCAGGUGCCUAGUGGAAAUCCCCAACCUACAAUCUCUUUACAGUCUCUGCCAGUGAUUUUGCAUGUACCUGUUGCAGUAUCAUCCCAGCCUCAGCUCCUACAGAGCCACCCAGGGACUUUAGUGACUAAUCAACCAUCUGGCAACGUUGAAUUCAUUUCUGUGCAAAGCCCACCUACAGUGAGUGGUCUUACCAAAAAUGCAGUAUCCUUGCCAUCCUUGCCAUCCUUGCCAAAUCCUGCUAAACCAAACAACGUUCCUUCUGUGCCCAGUUCUAAUAUUCAAAGGAACUCUCCUGCCACUGCCGCACCAUUAGGAACAACACUUGCUGUACAGGCUGUUCCAACAGCACACUCUAUUGUACAAGCCACAAGGACUUCUUUACCCACAGUAGGCCCAUCAGGACUCUAUAGUCCAACAAAUAAUCGAGGUCCUAUACAGAUGAAAAUCCCAAUUUCUGCUUUUAGUACUUCAUCUCCUGCAGAACAGAGCAGCACUGCCACCCCAAGAAUUGAAAACCAGACAAACAAAACAACGGAAGCUUCUGCUAAUAAGAAAGUAGCUGAUAGCACAUCACAGAUUACAAAAGCAACAGGCAGUGAUUCAGGUGGUGUCAUUGAUCUCACAAUGGAUGAUGAAGAGAGUGGAGCUUCACAAGACCCUAAAAAACAAAAUCAUGCUCCUGUAUCAACCAUGGGUUCUUCUCAGCCUGCUUCUCGACCACUGCAACCCAUACAGCCUGCACCACCUCUUCAGCCAUCUGGGGUGCCAACGAGUGGUCCAUCUCAGACAACCAUACACUUAAUACCUACAGCUCCAACCACCGUGAAUGUAACACAUCGUCCAGUAACUCAGGUUACCACAAGACUCCCUGUACCAAGAGCUCCUGCAAACCACCAAGUGGUUUAUACAACUCUCCCAGCACCGCCAGCUCAGGCCCCCCUGCGAGGAACUGUUAUGCAGGCUCCGGCCAUUCGACAGGUCAAUCCUCAAAAUAGUGUCACAGUUCGAGUGCCUCAAACAACCACAUAUGUUGUUAACAAUGGACUAACCCUGGGAUCAGCAGGACCUCAGCUCACAGUACAUCACCGACCACCACAAGUGCAUACUGAGCCCCCACGCCCUGUGCACCCAGGACCUUUACCAGAAGCCCCACAACCACCGCGUCUGCCUCCAGAAGCUGCCAGCACGUCUCUGCCUCAAAAGCCACACUUGAAAUUAGCACGAGUUCAGAGUCAAAAUGGCAUUGUACUGUCAUGGAGCGUCCUGGAGGUGGAUCGAAGCUGUGCCACUGUUGAUAGCUAUCAUCUCUAUGCUUACCAUGAGGAACCCAGUGCCACUGUGCCCUCACAGUGGAAAAAGAUUGGAGAAGUAAAGGCACUUCCCUUGCCCAUGGCGUGUACUCUCACCCAGUUUGUAUCUGGCAGCAAAUACUACUUUGCAGUACGAGCCAAGGAUAUUUAUGGACGCUUUGGACCUUUCUGUGAUCCUCAGUCAACAGAUGUAAUCUCUUCUUCCCAGAGCAGUUAAACCUUGGAGCCUUUAUCUUUGUUCCUCUCUAAGAAGUUCCACUUUGUGGUCAUGUUUUUAAUUUUGUGCAUGAUACCCAUUGUAAAAUCCACAUUCUGCAAGAUUUCUUGGACAGAUGUGUGUACACACUACAUUUGUUUAUAACCAAAAGUAAAAUAAAGUCGGCCCACAAAGCAAGAAUCUAUUUUCCUGGACAAUUCAAGCUUCAGGGUUUUGAAAUGUAAAUAUGCACCUUGCUUUAUUUUGAGGCUGGGGAAAAAUGUGGGUAUUUGUGUUUUUUCUCUAUUUAUAUGUUUAUUGCAGUGGAAUAUCCCAUUUUCAUUCUCAAAUUUACUUCUCUUCCCAUAUGAAGAAAGUAGAACAAAGUAUCUGAGGUAUAUAACUGGCAUGAUUCUGCUUCUAAGGAAUCUGUAGGAUCAUAAUUGAAUGAUUUUAACUGAAUCUUAACAAAACCCAAAGAAAUAAAAAGCAAAAUAAUUAAAUAAUUAUUUAAAAUAGCUUAAAAGGAGGUUAAUUUGAACACAGCAAAGGAUCUGUCUUUCUUUUCUUUUGUCUCCCCUCCUGGGCUGUUGAUGGAUAAAAAGAUCUAUGACAGCCCGUCGCUUCCUAAUCUGGUCUUUUUUGUUUAUUUUGUGCCUUAAAGAGUAACUGCAAAAACAAACAUGGCCAUAUGUCCAUUGUUGUUUACUCUUCCCUUUCAAUCUUUCACUUUGAUACCUCCCUCAUCUCCACCAAAUAUAUAACACGCUCCCAACCCCCUGAAGUAAUUUUUAAGGCAAGGCUUUUGUAUAUACUCAUCUGUGGCAACACUACAUUUAAUUCCAGAAAUUUGACUUAUUUUCUUCUCCGUUUUCUUCUCUAUCCUUGUAGUUGAUUUUAUUUUUGGUAACUUUAAAUUGUCUCUGUUUAAAGUGGACCAAGAGAAAAACAGGUUGUGUUAAAAAUUUCUUUCAAAUAUGUUUUAGUAUCCAUAUUGCACACUGUGUUAAGAGAUUAUAAAAGCAGAUCUCAUUUACUUUGUCACCAAAACUUGAUAGUCUUUCAAAGAAAGUAACUGGUAAAAUCAUAAAAUACAGUGAGCUUAAAUAUCGAGAGCUCCAUUUCCUCUUUAUUCCUAUAUCAUUCUUCCAGUUUUAACCUUUCAACAUUGGUUUGAUGUGCCAAAUUGAGUAUGAUUUUUACCCUCUGUUUGUUUUGGAGAGAAUUUAAAGUAUAUCCGUUGGGGUCAUUUGAUAUAACAAUUAGAUAUAAACUCCUAUGUAUCUCUGUUCCUUGUCAAAGUUGAUACAAUUCAGCUUAAGUCAUGGAUUUUCAAUAUGGGUGCCAGUUGUAUUGGUGUCAGCUAGAUGUAUGAGUAUAGGUAAUUUAGGACAGGAAGGCUGAGAUAAGUUUGGGAAUAAGGUGUGGUUGGGGUGUCUUUAAAGGAAUUAAUGGGGUUUGGGAAAUAACUUCAGUUUAUCUCUCCCUUAUCAUAUUUGAAUUCAUAUUCCUACCUUUUCAAAAUUAAUAAUCAUUUGUCCAGGAAUUAUAAGAGGGCACUAUCCUUUCAUUCCUAUUAAUGCUGUUUUGUUUGCAACUUUGAGGGUUUGGAAUAGGAAUUAUUCUAGUUCUUGUAAUAAAAUUUUCUUUAGAGAAGUUCUCUUUCACCAGUUAGUGUACUGUCAUCUUAGGUUAGAAGUUUGAUCAAUGCUGAAAGGAGCCUACUGAUUGCCAAGAUGUUAAUGCUUCAAAACCUUCCUUUCACUUACAAGAAAUGAGACCACAAUGAGAAGUCAGGUUUUUGUGAAUCAAAUUUGCCAACCGUGUAUAUGGUACUCAUUCUAGGAAUAAUUUUAAUGACAGUGGUGAAGUUGUUGCCAAUGUCAUGACAUUGAAAAUUUCAAAAGGGAGAAACUGGUGAUCUUCUAGUUGUAUAAGAACACCUGUCUAUAUCUGCAUGUAUAUACAUUGUUACCUGCAUUGGUUGUAUUGUUGAUUUUGUGUUCAAGGUGAUUCCUGUCCACAGAAUAGAAAGCCUGUGUUCAAAAUUGUUCUUUAUCGGCCUUGUUUUAUGUCAUAUGACAGCCAUUUGCUUAUGUAGCCUAGAAAAGUUUCCCUUGUUGAAUGUUUUUAUUUACAUUAAUUAAUCCUUUAAAAAAUAAAAAGCUUUCACAGCAUUAAUAGGUGAAGGCCCAGUAGAAUGAAAAUACUUCAUUAUUUUUGCCAAUACUGUGUUUUCUGUCAAAGGAAAAAGAAAUAAAUUCUCCAAUAGUAAUCCUGAAAAUAGAUUUACUACAGAAUAAAACUUUUUAUUCCAGAUGGUGGAAGGGAAGGUACAAAGAGAAAAUGACAAAGCUUUGAGGAAAGAGUAGUAUAUUGUAAGAUGAUCUCAAAUUAGCUUGCCAUGGGAUUUGUAGCUAUGUUGAAUGUACUGAAAGGUGUGCUAGGCUAGAAUUCUAGGCAGUUAUUUUGGGCAGAUUUUAAUAUUGAUAAGUGCUGGCUUUUCUUUAGCUUGUUUCUUUUGGGGGGAGAGAAUGGAGGACACAACUAGAAAUAGCUCCUUAGACUUGUAAGUAGCAGUUCACACUCCAUGGUACCCUUUUCAUUUUAUGGUACCUUUUCCCAAAGUAUUACAAAUAAGCUCAAUUAUCCCAUUUUGGGAAUGAAAGUUUACUACAUUUUUAGCGUGACAAUACUUGUGUAAGUAUUGCCCUGUUGGAAAUCUGAAAUACGGGAUUUAUAGGUAAUGGUGAUGUUUGUUACUCUCUACUUUGCACUUUGUCAGAGUAAUUUUCACCCUGUUUUAAGUGUGACUACGCCUCUUUUUAAAAAUUGUGUUCUUGCCACUAAAUUUAUAAACUACAUAUAAUGACAACAUCUGUUGUUAACUUUAUGAGGUAACUAUAUACCUUUAUUUCUCUGGACUCAAUUUUUACAAUAUGCAGUAUACCGUGUACCAUUUAACACAGUAGAAGUUUAAUAGGAGAGUAGUGUAGAGUAGAGCUUUCUUCCUUGAAAAGUGAAUCUUUAUUUGGAUACCAUUUGCCUCAUAGAGAGGUGUAACCCACACCCUCCCUAUCCCCAUUUCCAAAUAAUACAUUGAAAUAAAUGACCUAAAGCAAGGAGCUUAGAAUCUUAAGGUGCAUCUGUCAGCAGAACUCCUCAGGCAGGCUGAUUGCACCACAUGAUAAUCUUAGUAUAUUGGAUAAGUGUUAACUUGGUUUUUGUUGUUUGCUCUUUUGCUUUAACUAUUCUCCAAAUUAUCAUUUAUGCAACAAGGUUAGUGUUAAUAUUGCAUGAUAUGCAUUCAUCUUGUUCCAUGAGUUUUCCAGUACUGUACAUGAUCAACAAAAUAAUGCCUGUGGUAUCCUCAUCUCUCACCUUUAUACACUGUGAUUACAGUAGAGUUCUUCAGAGACCUUCCAAGUGUUCUCCCCGACUGUCCUUCUUGAGCUAUUUUACUAUCCUUUGAUUAUUUUGUUAUUAACUUUACCAGUGACCCAUCAUUGGCCUAGUUUUAUUCUAAUUUCCAGAAAACCAUGUCCCAGUACUAGAUUAUUGCAAAAAUGACUGCCUUCCUUACUAUUUUGUGGACAAUGCCUUUAAAAAUAUUGUUUUGGGACAAAUCAGAGCAAUUCUCAUGAAGCAUUUUGUUAGUGUGGCAGUUAUACCUGCUUACUGAAACUCAUUCAUCUCCUUCAGCCAGCCAAUUGGGAAGAAGAGGACAAUACAAACCCAUUUUAUCUUCUCAUCUUCAAAUUAUUUUUUAUCAUGUUUAAGUAAGUUUUUCUUUGUUUCUUCUUUGUAGAGUCAGCUAAGUACCCAUCAUUUAUAUUUAAAUGCUGUCUUUUUGUUUUUAUGUUUUUCUUGUAAAUAAGGUUACUGGGCAAUCAACCACCUUUUGGGGAUCCAGGCUUUAGUAUUUUAUCAGUCAUUUCAAAAUUAAAUAUAAAAAUAAAUCCUUGCUAGGAAACUUGCAUCCAGAUUUUUCUUUAUUGCAGCUCAAAGUGUAAAUAAUGAGACAAUGUAAGACCUUCCUAAUUCUAAUAUAAACUGGACCAUAGCAAGUUGCCCUAUUUCUACUGGGUAUUGAAGGGUUUUUGUUUUUUGUUUUUUUCUUUUUUAAACGUACAGUAGAGUAAUGUCUGUAUAAGUGUUAAUUGUAGUGGGGUUUUGUCCAGCAAGCCUGAAAUUUAUACUUUGAAAUAAACUACUGGGUUUCUAACA